GAUGAUUUAAAUAUGGAUGAAAUUGAAAUUUGGGAAAGUUUAUUAAGGUGGUGCUUUACUCAACAAAAUAUUAAAAAUGAUCCGACAAAAUGGAGCAAAGAAGAUAUUACAAAGAUUGAGAGAUCAUUACAUAGAUUUAUUCCUUUGAUUAGAUUUUAUAAUAUUAGCCCUACAGAUUUUUUUUACAAGGUUUAUUGUUAUAAGGAAAUCUUACCACAAGAUUUGAUUCAUAAUCUUUUAGAAUUUCAUAUAGUUCCUAAUAUGAAACUUAAAACUAAUGUAGCACCUCCAAGAAAAUAUCAAAAAUUUAAACUUGAUUCAACCUUAAUUGAAUCAGAACAUGUUUCUCUUUUUGCAUCAUGGAUUGAUAAAAAAGAUUCCUCAUAUUACAAUAGUAAAAAUUGUCCUUACGAAUUUAAGUUAUUAUAUCGUUCAGGUCAGGAUGGAUUUAAUGCGGAAUCAUUUCAUAAAAAUUGUGAUAAUAAAGGUGCUACUAUUUGGAUAGCAAAAGUUAAAGGCUCAACACAAUUAAUUGGAGGAUAUAAUCCACUUGACUGGAGUGGAAAUGGUAAUAAGAGUACUACAGAUAGUUUUUUAUUUAAUUUUACAGAUGGAAAUGAUAUUUCUUCCGUAAAAUUGAGUCCCAUAAAUAAUCUGAAAUGCGCAGAGGCUAUUUAUUGCUUUAAUAAUCAAGGGCCCAGCAUGGGAAGUUUAUAUUGCAAGAAACCCAAUAAUUGGACUUAUUAUGCUGGUAGUACCACUUACCCUAAUAUAGGUAUUCCAUCAAAUUUUACAAUAGAAAAUUAUGAAGCAUUUAGCAUAGUUAAGCAAUAAUAACACGUGAUGUCGAUUUUGUCCAAAAAUAGUUUCAACAAUCUUCAUUUUCAAAAAUUACAUAAAAUUACAUGAAUAUGUGAUUAUGGUAUUCAUAUCGCAACAUGUAAAUAACCAAUAAAUUUUCUGUAGUUAAAUUACAAUUUCUAAAAUUUUUAUAAAUCUUAAAUUUUAAUUGUACCUUGCUUCUUAGUAGACGGAAUUAUCAUGAAAAUUUUAAAAUAUUUACUAGAGUUAAAUAUUAUCUUGUCGUAGUUUCAAUGGAUG